AUGCCCUUGCAGUCGACUCUGCAAGUCAUCGCUGCAGAUGAACUUGAGCAGACGCAAGCUUGGGCCCAAGCCAUACCUGGAAGCUGUUGGGAAUAUGCUUCACUGUGUGUGCGUGCGCGCGUUUGUCACGUAUUUGUGAAGGCUGGCUCGGAAACUUGGAGCAGCGAGCUGGCCGUAUCAGAGGGGGACUUGGCCUAUGUGAUCUUCACCUCCGGCUCAACAGGAAAGCCGAAGGGUGUUGCCGUGACUCACCGCUCCAUCGUCCACCUUAUUGAGUGGGUGAAUUCCACAUACAACAUCGACCACAAUGACUCACUGCUUUUCACAACCUCCAUCAGCUUCGACCUGUCCUGCUACGACAUGUUCGGCUCGCUGGCAGCAGGGAGUACAGUUCACGUGGCCCCGGAGCUGAGCCCAAAGAAGCUGUUCCAGGUGUUGCAAAAAGGUCACAUCACCUUCUGGGACUCUGCUCCACAAGUGCUGCAGCAGCUGGAGCCAUUCAUUGGCGCUUUGGACUCUUUGCGUCUGGUCUUCCUGAGUGGUGACUGGGUCCCUCUGCAGCUCACGCAGAUGCUGCGCCGGGCCAUGGGUGACGGCCGGGUGGUGGCGUUGGGUGGCGCCACAGAGGUCACGGUCUGGUCCAACUUCUUCGAGGUGGGAGACUUGGAUCCAGAGUGGCGCUCCAUCCCCUACGGAAGGCCGAUUUGGAACCAUCAGUACUACUGCCUGGACGCACAAAGCGCCCCGCUUCAUGUGGGAAUGACUGGAGAGCUGUACAUUGGUGGCGUGGGGGUGGCGCGGGGCUACGUGGGCCGUGCGGAUCUUAGCGAGCGGUUCUUGGAGAACCCCUUCCACCCUGGGAGGGUGUACCGCACGGGAGACAUGGUACGGUUCAUGCCGCUGCGGCCCUGGGGUGUUUACCACAACUCCUGCGAGGUGGUGCUGGAGUUCUUGGGGCGCAAGGACUCCCAGGUGAAGGUCCGAGGCUUCCGCGUGGAGCUGGCGGAGGUGGAGUUGAGCUUUGCGGCUCAGGGCCUGGACUGCGCAGUGCUGGCGCUGCCGUCUGCCUGCCCCGCGGUGUUGGUGGCCUUUGCCCCUCGGUUCUGGUUCUUCGGUAGCUGGAUGUGCUGCUUAGAGUCUCAGAACAGAAAAGGAACUUGCCACAUCUUCUGGAGCGAUUCGCAGGUGUGCAGUGUGGAGGCGCUGCCGCUGACCCGCAGCGGCAAGGUGGACCGCCAGGCGCUGGAGGCUUGGUGGGCGCAGAGGCGGACAGCCUUCCGGGCACCCAUCACGAAGCAGCAGCAGAGGGUGGUGGAGGCGCACCAUCUCCGUCUAGAAAUCUGUUCAGAGAUACUCAAAUGA